AUGGGAGCGGAGCAAUCGCUCGAGAAAUUGCACAAGUCACGUGAAGAAAUAAAGCCGACAGAUGAAACCCUGCUAGUUUCAAAUCUCAAUGCAUCAGCUUCCAGUUCGACAGUUACAACUGCUAGAGAAUUAGAGUGUAACUCUAAAAUAUCUGAAAUUCCUUCCACAUCUGCUUCAAGUACAACCACACCUGAAACGACAACUACAACUACGACAACUUUAUCAGCAGUUGAAACGAUGCUGUACCCGUUCCGAGAGAAAGUCAAGCACUUGCCACCAAAUGAACGCAAGAUCAAAUAUGAAGAGGAAAUACGGCGUUUAUUCAAAAACCCUCACGAGUCACAUAUUCUGCGAUUAACCCCGGAAAGAAUUCAAUUAGAAAAGGCAGACGUACAAAAUAUACCGAAUGCUCCUCUAAGUUGGGAUCCGAUGCAGACAACAUAUGACAUUGGAAAAGGCGCUCUCAGUCAAAGAUCAUUCAAGCGUUGUAAUCGUUCAAAAGCAGAUCCAUGGAGGCGCUAUGGUGCCUUAAGGAAGCUGCACGAGAUUGGUGGGACAGGUUGCACUCCCUUAAACCAAACUGGUGUUCGCGUGCAACAGAAGUUUUAUAACAUUGCUCCCGGCUCUAAUCCACCUCCGCCUCCUCCAAUUCCACCGAUCACAAGCAUUGAUGAAUAUGGAUCAUACGAGACAUUGAUUGCUCCUAAAAAAAGAAGAUCAAAAAAUCACUUAAAUGAGAAGAAAAAUUGA